CAGUAUUAAGCGUGUAAAAGACAUUCUGAGAAAGACACAUUAAUGUGUCAUCUGUAUAACAACAACAAAAAAAUGUAUCUACGAUGCUUGAUGUUGGUCAUCAUCUGUGUUGUGUUCAUCACCACAGAAGCUGUUUCAGGUGAAGAAGUGAAUGUAUUUGGUGAAGUCGGUGGUACAGUGUCUUUUCGUCCAGCCAGAAUAGAUCCUUCUGUCAGCAGCAUUAUAUGGAAACACAGAAGCAGCACUGGAUCUGUUGCAAAAGCGAUUGAAUGGGAUGUUUAUGAUGGUGUUUCCACCCCAAAUCAGAGAUUCAACGACAUCACAACUUUUGAUAAGAAAACUGGAGAAAUCACUAUAACUAAAUUAAAUUUCGAACAUAGUGGACUUUACACCAUCGACAUCAACAGUAAAGAGCAGGAACAAAGAUUCAACUUGGAAGUGUUGGCACGGGUCCCCAAACCUGAGAUAAAAAUAGAGAAGACUGAAAUGAAACCUAAUGCUGUGUAUUUAAUAUGCGAGUACAGUGAAACUAUCAUCUGGAAGAAUUCUGCUGGAGAAACACUGAAGGGCUCACCCCACACUCCGAAAGGAGAACUUAUCACAGCUGAAAAAAAAGGAAAUUCAGAUGUCUUCUACACAUGCACACUCAAGAAUGCAGUGAGUGAGAGCACCAGUGAUCCGGUCUAUGAGAGAGAUCUGUUUGAAGCGCCGGUCCCCAAACCUGAGAUUGAAAUGAACCCUAAUGAAUCUACAAAUUCUGUUAGCCCAGCGUUUAAGUUCUGUGCUCACACUCUCUCUAUUUAUUUGCAUAUCUGCUCUUUCUAUAUUUUUUUACUUUUCUUUAUCUCUUAUUUUUGAUUAUCUUCGAUUUAUUUUUGAUUUGUUUGUUUGUUUUCUCUGCUAUUUUUCUUGUUUAGUAGUCUCUUCCCCCUUUUUUCUUUUUUUUUUUGUGUUUGUUUUGUUUAGUAAUCAUUGGCUGUUUCUCAAUUCCAAGAACGCAAAGAACGGACUUGCGUUCUCGUGGAGAUCGGUCUUGCCAGGCGACCUUGGAAGAACGAACUCAGAAGGUCGAGAGAACACAGAACGCACUUGUGAGAAUUGAGAUGUGUGCGAUCUUCCUGUUGGUCACCUGACCUCCCCAGAUUCAACAUCGCAACAUUCAUAAAGUGACAAACACACCAUUAUCUGCAUUAUUAUCUGCAUUAUUUUUUUUUUUAUGAUGUCAUUUUGUAAUGGCAAAUAGGUAAAUAUAUCAGAUACUUUGUCAAGAAAUAAUAAUAUAAUCUCAAAUAAGAAACUCAAUUAAGAUUAGUUGUUCUGUCAAUAAAACAUACAUUUAAAUAUC